AUGCCUCACCACGUGCUGGCUAUGGGGACGGUGUUGGCGGCGCUGGGCGCCAAAGCUGCGGGAUCGGGAGUCGACCCCACAUCGUUCCUAGGAACGGGAGCUGCUCCCCUGAGCAAGGGGAUGGGCUCGGCGUUGCUGUCUCUGAAGGCGAGCAAGGCAGCAGCUCUUACGGGUGCCCCCACUGCAUCUUCCUUCCUCGCCCAUGCAGGUGGUGCUGCAUCAGGGGCAGUAGGUAGUGGUGGGGUUGCAGCUGCAGCACCAAAGGCAGCAGCGGCAGCAGCAGGAGGAACCCCUGGGAAAGCAGCUCUCAGUAUGUUGGCGGCCAAGGGAGCGCCGGCAGCAGGGCACAUGUCUUCAGCAGCAGCUGCUGCGGGUGUAAAGGGGGCAGCAAAGGGUGGAGCUGCAGCAGCGAAUUCUUCUAUGUUGAAGGUGUCUCAGAAGGCAAUGUUCGGAAAGAGGAAAGCGGGGAUGCUAGGCCGCAGCAAGCCGAAGCCCCGCGGCUCAGGCUCUGCAGCAAGAGCGAGAGGAGGAGGGGGCAGCGCGGGCAGCAAGAGUGCUCAGCCCCGCCCCGCAGCACGCAGUUCAGGUUCUUCUGGAGCUCGAGGGGGGCUCCGGCGGGAACACAGUGGCAGCGGUGGGAGCUCAAGCUACCAGGGGCCCCUGACGGGUCAGGGGGGCUCCGGCGGGAACACAGGAUUGAGCUCUGGGGGCCCCCCGGCAGAGGGCGCAGGGGGAGAGGAGGUGAUGCCGGGGCCCCUCCCAUCCUCCAGCCAUUCGAAAUUCUUACAGCUGCACAAGGGGGCCCCCAGGGCCCCCACCGCGAGCUUCACUGGUACCUCUUCUGCUUCAUCUACUGCCCCCACAGUCACCAGCACCACCACAACUGCAGCAUCAGCAGCAGCAGCAGGAGCAGGAUUUGAUCCUGCAGCAGAUGCAUCAGCAGGAGCAGCAGCAGCAGCAGCAGCAGCAGCAGCAGAACGAGCACCCGAUAUCUCUGGUGUUGCUUCAGAAAUGAUGAGGGCCCAACCCGUUGAUCCUUAUGCUUUCGGCGUGGGAGGCGAUCCCGGGUUCGAUCCCGGGUUCGAUCCCAACACCCUCGACACUGCAGCAGCUGCGGGGCCCUCUAAAGGGUCCUCUUUAUUUAAGGGGUUUGUACAGGGGGCCCUAGGCAUGGAGGAUACAGGGGAGGAGGGGGGCAUGCUGCAGAGUUUGUCUAGCAACCUGGGAUCGAACCUGUUCGGUAACCUGUGGGGUGAUGGGGGGCUGGCGGGGGGAGCGGCGGCGGCGUUGGGGGCAGCAGCAGCCGAUCCCACAGCGGGAGCGAUCGAUCCCACCGAUGUAGCAGAGGUCGAUCCCGAGCUCAUAGAGGAACAGACAAUGGCCGUAGCCGCCAUGCUGCCGAGCCUCUUCGGCCGACUGACUACAGCAACAGAUAAAAUAAGGGGCCCCACAAGCUCAGGGGCCCCCGUAGCAAGAAGCAAUUCUGUAGCUUCUACUGCAUGCAACAGCGAUGGGGCUGCAGUAACCGAGGGGGAGACGGAUCUCCUCUCCUGUCGUCGGGUGUAUCGAUCCCGUGUCGGUGACAGAAAAAACAACUACGCUAAAUUCCUCUGCUGA